AUGUCAGACCCAGGCGGUCUACGCACCGAGGAAAAUGUGUUCCUGCAGCGCGUGUACGCCGCCACGAACGCGGCCGAAUCCAAAGACGUGUAUGAUGAAUGGGCGACGCAGUACGACAGGGACCUCGAAGGGCUAGACUAUGCCUUCCCCGCGUUGGCUGCGGAGGCACUCUCGCGGGCAGUCGCACGGUCCAGUCCUGGUACUGCUGAUGUUCUCGGAAAGCAGCUUGCCGGUCUACGUAUAGCCGACGCUGGUUGCGGGACGGGACUGGUCGGCAGAGAACUCGCGCAUUUUGGCGCUGACAACAUCUCCGGUCUGGAUGUCAGUCCGGGCAUGCUCGAGGUCGCGCGCAAGACGGGCUGCUACGCCGAGCUGGACGAGGUGGACCUGUCAAAGCCAAUAGCGAGGCCGGCCGGGUCGUUUGACGCUGUGGUCUGCGUCGGCACGUUGACGAGGGGGCAUGUCGGGCCGGAUCCAGUUUUCAAAGAGUUCGUGAGGGUCGUGAAGAAGGGAGGCUCCAUUGUCGCGACGGUGCUGGAUGAGAUAUGGGAAAGUGGAGGCUAUAAGGCGGAAGUGGAACGCUUGGAAGGCCUCGGCGCGAUCGAGGUGCUUCGUGCAGAUGUGGUCGGCGUGAGAACGACGUCCAAGGCCGGCGGCAGACUUCUCGUGUUGACGAAGCUGUGA